AUGGCGCAUGAUCCGGAGCCGGAAGACCCAGACGAAGCGUCUCGCAGGGUACGCAACGCAUAUGCUCGGUGGGACGAGAUCUUCCAGAUACAGGCCAGGUUAUGGAGCUACAGGGAGGAUCUGCUGCCGGGCAUAGCAGGGCUGGCCGAGGAGUGCGCCAAAAUCACCAACGACACGUACCUUGCGGGCCUAUGGAGUAAAGACUUACAUCACGAGUUGAUUUGGGAAGUGGUGAACCCCGAAAUUGGAGAUCUCGAAGCCUCCCUACAACAAAAGCGGUCGUCGGUAUCCCGUAGGGGUCCCGCACCUAUCUGA